AGGUACCUGAAAUAUCCGCCUAAGGUCGCCAAAAGAACAAGUACAAUUCAAUUAUAAGCUUGUGACGUCGGGUUCAUCCGUGUUCGCUCCAUCUAAGCUGUUGAACGACAACUAACGACAACUAUUGCGACAAUCGUUGCGACGACAUAAAUAACACGAAUUGACAUAAUAAGACCCCUCAUUUGAUUCCUCGGUUUCUCUCACUUUACUCCUAGCAACUAGAGUAAAGAUGUCAAAGCUCUCAGAAACAGUCAAGGCACUCAUUAAUGCCAGCCAUUCCAGGCCAGGCUAUACUCCCUCAUCGUCAAGUGUACAAACCGCAUUAACACAUUUCGCCAAAGAUGCGGCAGAAAAGAAAGUCGGGUUACCGGCUUGGGUGACACUAUCUACGGCCGUCUCAGCAACACUAAACUGCCCUGAGGCCAUGACCCAAAUAUUCCACCUAGCCAAUUCAACAAACCAACAGCGCACACCUGCCCAAAACGCAGAGCUGAUCCGCGAAGUCGGGUUAAAGUGUAUCUCCUUCAACGGCAUCCCACGAAGCAUCAACACCCUCGGCGUAUUCCGCAAUAGUCUACCAUCCGAUGUCGGAUCCGCAUUAAGCACGAAGCCAACCCGGGAACUAACACCGGAGAACCUGGAGCUCCGUAAGCGAGAUGGUCUCGCGCUUUGGGAUAGCGUGUAUAUUGGCUUCGAGCGCAAGUUGUUAGAUAAACUAGCACAAUCGCAUCCGGAUUUGCCUGUUCACAUCCUCAAUGGCCAUUACUCGAAUCUAUUAUCGAACCCACGUGGUGUCACUGCGCCGGUGAAAGUCGGUCGCGUACUCACGUCGCUUGUUGCUAUCGCGUGUUUACGCGCGCAGACUGGUGUUGGGCCUCAGGUUGUUUCACAUAUCUUUGGAUUGCGUAAGGCAUAUAAAAAUGGUGAUGCGCAUGCUGAAGGUGAGGAAUCCGUUGAAGGUGGCCCGUGGCUCGCUACUGAGGAUGGAAAUAUCUGGAUACUGGAGAACAUUGAUAAAUUGGUUAAUGUUAUUACGAGUGGUGAAGGUACUACCUUUGCGCCGGGGAUACGACCCAAGUUAUAAGAUGAGGAUGAGAAGGAAUCAUAGCUCAUUGAGCGCUACUUGUCCGUGUGGGUAAUUGGUGAAAAAUUGGGGUAUAAGUCAAUUUGUAUAUAAGAACUCCUAGCUACGGAGCAGCUCUGUCCUAUAACCACCUACCUGGUGAACCAAGGUCGGUAAGUGUAUCUCACUUCAUCAUAUACGAUAUAGGCAAAUAGAUUCCCCUUGGUUCACA